AUAUUCAAAUUUCCACUCUCACAUACCAAACGCGCAGUAAAGGUAAUCCAUAAGAUAACAUUGAAAUCACAAGGAAUUCACAACCCCAAUAAAAGCCCCCAAGACGUCUCUUUCUCCCUAUCUCAUUUCUUCCCCAAUUCCCUUUUUUCCUGUCGCCUCCAUCUCUCAAACCAAACCAAAACCCAUUUCCUACUCUUAUCUCUCUGCAAAAAAUCCAAAAAAUGAGAACCCAAAUGCUAAGAUCUGUUCAAUCAGCGUCGAAAAGCAGCAAAUUUGCAAUCCGUAAUUAUGCAUCAACCUCAAAUCCAGAGCGUAAAGUUACCGUUCUCGGUGCCGCCGGUGGGAUUGGACAACCUCUUUCCAUGUUAAUGAAAUUAAACCCUCUUGUUUCCACCCUUUCUCUUUACGAUCUUGCUGGUACUCCUGGUGUUGCUGCUGAUUGUAGCCAUAUUAACACUAGAGCUCAAGUUUUUGGCUAUGCUGAAGAUAAGGAAUUGGGGAAGGCUCUUGAAGGUUCCGAUGUUGUUAUAAUUCCCGCUGGUGUGCCUAGGAAACCGGGUAUGACACGUGAUGACCUCUUUAACAUUAAUGCUGGUAUCGUGAAAAACCUAUGUACUGCUGUUGCCAAGUACUGUCCUAAUGCUCUUGUCAACAUGAUCAGCAACCCCGUGAACUCAACCGUGCCAAUUGCCUCUGAGGUCUUCAAGAAAGCUGGGACUUAUGAUCCCAAGAGGUUGUUCGGUGUGACAACUCUGGAUGUAGUUAGGGCUAAAACUUUCUAUGCUACAAAAGCUGGUCUUCCAGUUGAAGAGGUCAAUGUGCCUGUUGUUGGAGGACAUGCUGGCAUAACCAUCCUGCCCUUGUUUUCUCAAGCUCACCCACAAGCCAAUUUAUCAGAAUCUGACAUUGAGAAACUUACAAAGCGAACACAAGAUGGAGGAACAGAGGUUGUCGAGGCCAAGGCUGGAAAGGGUUCAGCAACAUUGUCAAUGGCUUAUGCUGGGGCUAUUUUUGCCGAUGCCUGCUUAAAGGGACUCAACGGUGUACCUGAUGUUGUGGAAUGCUCGUUCGUAGAGUCAAAUGUGACUGAACUACCCUUCUUUGCUUCUAAGGUGAGAUUGGGGAAGAACGGAGUAGAAGAAAUCUAUGGAUUGGGGACCUUGUCGGAUUAUGAGCAAAAGGGUCUGGAAGCACUGAAGGUUGAGCUCAAAGCAUCCAUCGAAAAAGGAAUUGAAUUCGCAAGGAAGAACUGAGUGUCAGAACACAAAUACAGUCCAGUAUUUCAAAUAUUAGUUCUGGUAUCCUGCACUGUAAAACCUUGCAAAUUUUGUUAGUUGGUUUCUGAAUUCGAAAGCCAUGAAAGGCUCUGCCUUUUGGUGUCGGCUGGAUUGAAACGUUAAUAAGAUGCAUGGACCAAACGUUUUGGUGAGAUCAAUUAGUUAUUUUACCGUGCU